AGAGAUUGUACCAUGGACUGCAAGGAGAGCUGCCCAAGUGUCAGCAUCCCCAGCUCUGACGAACACAGAGAGAAAAAGAAGAGAUUCACAGUUUAUAAGGUUCUGGUGUCUGUGGGCAGAAGCGAGUGGUUUGUCUUCAGGAGAUAUGCAGAGUUUGACAAACUUUACAACACCCUAAAGAAACAGUUUCCUGCUAUGGCUCUGAAGAUUCCUGCCAAGAGAAUAUUCGGUGAUAAUUUUGACCCAGAUUUUAUUAAACAAAGAAGAGCGGGACUGAAUGAGUUCAUUCAGAACUUGGUCAGGUAUCCAGAGCUUUACAACCAUCCAGACGUCAGAGCCUUCCUUCAAAUGGACAGCCCCCGACACCAGUCCGAUCCAUCGGAAGAUGAGGAUGAAAGAAGUGCUCCUAAGCCACAUUCUACCUCACAGAACAUUAACCUGGGACCAACUGGAAAUCCUCAUGCUAAACCAACUGACUUUGAUUUUUUAAAAGUUAUUGGAAAGGGCAGCUUUGGCAAGGUUCUUCUUGCAAAGCGGAAACUGGAUGGAAAAUUCUAUGCUGUCAAAGUGCUACAGAAAAAAAUAGUUCUCAACAGAAAAGAGCAAAAGCAUAUUAUGGCUGAACGCAAUGUGCUCUUGAAAAAUGUGAAACAUCCGUUUUUGGUUGGAUUGCACUAUUCUUUCCAAACAACUGAAAAGCUUUAUUUUGUUCUGGAUUUUGUUAAUGGAGGGGAGCUGUUUUUUCACUUACAAAGAGAACGGUCUUUUCCUGAACACAGAGCGAGGUUCUAUGCUGCUGAGAUCGCCAGCGCCUUGGGUUACCUGCACUCCAUCAAAAUAGUGUACAGAGACUUGAAACCAGAAAAUAUUCUUUUGGAUUCAAUGGGGCAUGUUGUCUUAACAGAUUUUGGGCUUUGCAAAGAAGGAAUUGCUAUUUCCGACACCACCACAACCUUUUGUGGGACACCAGAGUAUCUUGCUCCUGAAGUGAUUAGAAAACAGCCCUAUGACAACACUGUGGAUUGGUGGUGCCUGGGAGCUGUUCUCUAUGAAAUGCUGUACGGACUGCCUCCUUUUUACUGCCGGGAUGUUGCUGAAAUGUAUGAUAAUAUUCUUCAUAAGCCCCUGAACUUGAGGCCAGGCGUGAGCCUCACGGCGUGGUCCAUUCUGGAAGAACUCCUAGAAAAAAACAGGCAGAAUCGACUUGGUGCCAAAGAAGACUUUCUUGAAAUCCAGAAUCAUCCCUUUUUUGAAUCACUCAGCUGGACUGACCUUGUACAAAAAAAGAUCCCACCACCAUUUAAUCCUAAUGUGGCCGGACCAGAUGACAUCAGGAACUUCGACCCAGUCUUCACGGAAGAGGCGGUUCCCUGUUCUGUGUGUGUGUCUUCUGACUACUCUAUAGUGAACGCCAGUGUUCUGGAGGCAGACGAUGCGUUUGUUGGUUUUUCUUACGCCCCUCCUUCAGAAGACUUAUUUUUGUGAACAGUUUGACAUUCAGAAACCAUUGGACAAAUAAAUUCAAGCCUGCGGAGAAGACAGAAACGCCAAUUUGUGUGAAUAUAUUCAACUAUGUAUAACAGUGCCUCAUUUUUACAUGUAAUGUUAAAAACUAUGAAAUAAUGUAUUUUCUGCUGUAAGCCAGAAAUAGGGCAUUUCAAAGAGCUGAGUUUUGAACUGAAAUUUGUAUUCUUGUUUAUUAAGCUUAUUUUUAAACAAAAAUUUAAAGCUAUUAUUCUUAGCAUUAACCUAUUUUUAAAGAUAACUUUUUGCUAUUGACUGUUUUUUCCCUGUUAAGUUUACACUAACACAUCCAAGAUAGACUGUUUUUAAUAGUCUGUUACAGUUAAGUAAGAUGUAGUAAUAUCUUUAUAAUUCUAUGACUUUUAUCAUAGCAGAACUAUGCAAAUGGUACCUGACAGUUUAAGAGGAAACCCUAUCUUCCCAUGAUAAGUCAUUAUCUGAAAUUUGCUUUUUGUUAGGAUUCAAAUGCAAGAGCAGGUUAAAGACCCUGGCUGCUAGUGAACAGUAAUAGGCUACCCACCUGCAGCCCCGUAAGAAAAAACAAAAAGAAAUCCUUUGCUUUUGGAAUACUCAGUUCUCAUCCGUGCAUCAUUUUUCUUCUAGAGGAAAAGACAAUAUUCAAUGGCCAGAAAGUUCUAGAAUUCCCAAGGAACUGAGAAGUAAUAAAAUGCUACCAGAUAUUUUUAGUGGUGCCAAAAAUAAAUGUCUCUUGUCAUAUAUUUAUAUUAUAAAUGUUUUCUAUUUAUGUUCCUUUUGACUUUUUGAAGGUUUAGUAGACUGUUGAGUGGGUCUAAACCUUGGUGUCUGUUUUUGCAAAUAUUUCAAAACUGCCUUCGUAAUCGAGUUUGUAAAAUGACAGGAAAAAAAGUAAUUUUCUAUAAUGUUUACCUAAUUGUGAAUUAAAAAGUAAAAUAGCAAAUCUGGGUCGUGUAACUGUCUGUCACUUCCUGCACUGUAACGAAAGGUAACAGUGACUUAGCAGGUACAUGUUCAGUAUUACUCAUUUGGUAGUGACAGGGAUCAGACAAACACAAGGUCUCAUGAAGGCUGAUAGGAGUUUUCGCUAUGUCUGAAGUCCACACCUGCCUCUGGGAUCCUUAUACAUCUUAGAAAUAGCACAGAAAAGUGACCAUAAAAUCACGUCAUCUAACAUCUUCAUCUGUAAUGGUAAAGGAUGUUAGGUACAGAGAAACUAUUUAAGAGGGGUGCUCAGCUUGGGAAGCCCCUUCCUGGAGGACAGUCUUUCGGGUCCUUUAGGAAACAGUGUUGUGAGCUUAGCUGCCCUAAGAACAAACUUCCCUUACAUGUGUUAUCUUGAUAAAGAGAUGACAGAAACAUUUCUCACCUUUGGCUUGAAUAUGUUCAGCAGAUUUGGGCUAGGCGGUGCUUGGCUUUGACAGUGGUAUAUCUCUGCAGGACACUGGACUUCCUACACUGUACAUACUUGAUUUGGGGCACUUCUGUAAGCUCUACUUUAAUACAGAGGUUUUUUGUUGAUUAUAAAUCAAGACAAAAGUUGUACAUGUAUGAUUUUUUUAUUCAGAUAUCCCUUAAUUAAAUUGCCAAAAAUUAAAGUGCAAUAUUGUAUUUUUAAGAACAAAUUUUAGACUUUUGAUGUUUCUUGGAUCACAAGAAAUACAGAUCUAUGUAGCAUAAUAAAAUUAUCAGAAAGAUUAACGAUCAA